AUGAGAAUGCUGGCAUUUUUCCUGGUUUGUGCGAUAAUUCGCCAGUAUGGAACAUUGGGAACUCCAAUGCAUGGAUUUGGGUGGACGGAUAUCCCAGGUAAUUUCUUGAUUUAAUAUAUUGACUUUUUGAUAUCUUAUGUCAUUUUCAUCUCAUAAUGUCCUGAGCCAAACUUUUUAAUAUCCUAAAGUAAUAAGCUAAGAAAAUUUGAUUUUAUAAUUUGAUGCUCUCCCAUUUCUCAGAACAUACACCUGCUAAGGCGCAAGAGGGGCACUCUGUGGUGAUGAGAAGCGAGGCUGUCAGUCCGAAUUUACCUGACGAUGCUAACAUUUGUUACCUUUCGAAAGAGGGUGAUGAAGACCAGCGACAAAUGAUCUGCAAACAUCGUUUAACUCGGACCAGCAAAUUCAACUUCAACCCGUUCGGGCUCCGAUUUGGAAAGCGCGACAAAUUUAACCCAUUCAAGGCCAACCUCAUAAGAUCCAGGACAAGCAAACUGUUGCCUAUUCUACUCUACCUCCGAGAACUAGAAGGUCCUGCCUAA